CCAAAAUUAACUAUAGAAUACACUUUGGAUUUGACAUAUUUCAUAUAUUCAUUAUUUGCAGAAUUUACUGCACAUAUUAAAAAAUCAAUUUUUAAUUCCGUGAUAUGGUCUAGUGAGUAGAUAAAGUUUAAUAUUUAUGGUUAAUUUAAUUAACUAUGGCAAAUAAAAUUAGAAACGAAUUUGUAGCCUAUAGUGAACCUGCAAUUAGAAAUAAUUUGUCGAUUGUUGAGUACUGUCGAACAUCAGUAGCAGCAGUAUCUGGUUGUACAGCAGGCGUUCUUGGAUUGACUGGAAUUUUUGGUGCACUAUUUUUCAUAAUUGCAGUUACAACCUUUUGGUUUAUGCUGUUGUUCAAAGCUGGUAUCGACUCUUGGAAAAAAUAUUUUAUAUCAAGAAAAUCACUACUUUUGAACGGAAUUUUUGGACAUUUCUUUACCUAUAUUCUGUGCUGGACAUUUAUUUAUGGAAUGGUACACGUCUAUUAAAUACACAUUUGUUACAUUUCAUUUAAAAACUAAUUAGAAUAGAAUUACGUAUUAGUAUUAAAAUUUUUAUAAAGAAUGGGGGAUGAAAGAAAUUUUCGUUCAGCUUAUUAUGAAAAAGUAGGAUUUAGAAGUGUAGAAGAAAAGAAAUCUUUGGAAAUUCUGCUAAAGGAAAAGCCACUGGAUUGUGAAAAGUUGAAACAGUUCUGCCUGAGGUACUGUGUCCCAACGUGCUACAGAAAUUUAGUAUGGAAAUUGCUUUUAGGUAUAAUUCCGGUUCAUAUGGACUCCCAUAAUUUUGUUAUAGAACAGAGGAAACAAGAGUAUCAAGAAUUGUAUAGAGCACUAACAGUAAUGAGAAUAAUUGAUUCAAAUACACCCAAACCUCAAGUAAUUUCAGCUAUGUGUUCUUUGAGAUCUGGAAAUUUUGCAAUAGAUUCAAAUAUAGUUACAACAAGACCAUUUGACUGUAUCGUUUAUGCUUUUAUGGAGUACUCUGAUGAUGAUGCUGAUAUUUUUUGGAUGUUUAAAAAUUUUUGGGAAAGUGUUCAAAAAUUUCACCCAGAAUUGGACAAAUUGGUAGAAAAAACAUUCUUUAUAUUGGAAAAAGAAGAUCCUGCCUAUUAUAGGAUCAUAAAAAAGAAUGAUUUAUUCAAGAAUUUGCCUGUGGAUAUGUGGAUAGAUUGCUGUUUUGCUGGAGUUUUAAAAGAUAUGUUUGUGGAAAAAAUCUGGGACAAAUUUCUUGGAGGAUCCUACCUAAUAUUUGUGUUUGCAUCAGUAAUGCUUUUAAUGACAUUGAGAGGAAGAAUUACAAAUUGUACAUGCCUUGCAGCUACACAUGAAUUUGUAAAAUGUCUUCCGGAUGAAACUGCUGGUAUUAUCACAAACAAGGCUAUUGAAUUAUGGCAAAACUAUGGUAGUCCUCUUACGCUACACGAUAAACUUAAACCAUAGUUAACAGAUUUCAACUAUUUUCUACUACAACUUCAACCAAGUGUGGGCAAAUUUCACAUUUACUAUUUUCAUGAAAUGAAAAACAUUUCACUUGGAGCGUCUUCAAGAACCCCUAUGAAGUAUUAUGAUAUCUGAUUUCACUUGUAAAAACCACUGUAACCAAAGUUUUUAUCAACCGUCAACUUUGUAGUUGAUACAAAAUAGAAAAAAAAUAUUUUGUCUGUUUUUUUUCUUGGUCUAUAAUUUUUAUUUUCAAAAUACAAAUAUUCAGGUCGCUAAUAUGAAGGUACAAAUAUAUAGGUUUUAUCUUUUAUAGUGAUAAUUUUUUCAAAAUAAUAAAAUGAUUUUCAUAG